UCGCGGUCAAUGAAAUGCAAAUGCAGAGUAUUAAGAAGAAGACACAAUAAUACCAUUGCACGUAUUGCCGUAUUGCUGUUUAGUAAAAAAUGUCCUCAACGUCGGCGGCUGCAUCAAAUGCAGCGCCAGCAAAAACCGAAGUACGCUACGUAACGGAGGUGCCCAGCAGUCUAAAGCAAUUGGCCCGGCUGGUUGUGCGCGGCUUCUACUCACAGGAAGACGCGCUGAUCAUAGACAUGCUGGUGCGGAAUCCGUGCAUGAAAGAGGACGACAUUGGCGAACUGCUGCGCUUCGAGAAGAAGCAAUUGCGAGCGCGGAUCACGACGCUGCGCACCGACAAGUUCAUACAAAUACGGCUGAAAAUGGAAACGGGUCCAGAUGGAAAGGCGCAGAAGGUCAACUACUACUUCAUUAAUUACAAGACAUUUGUUAACGUGGUCAAGUACAAGCUGGACUUGAUGCGCAAACGCAUGGAGACGGAGGAGAGGGAUGCGACAAGUCGCGCCAGCUUCAAGUGCUCCACGUGCUCCAAAACAUUCACAGAUCUCGAGGCGGACCAGCUCUUCGAUAUGGCGACGUGCGAGUUCCGCUGCACGUAUUGCGGCAGCUCAGUCGAGGAAGACAGUGCGGCAAUGCCAAAGAAGGAUUCGCGCCUAAUGUUGGCGCACUUCAAUGAGCAGCUGCAGCCGCUGUACGAUCUCCUGCGGGAAGUAGAAGGCAUCAAGCUGGCGCCAGAGGUGCUCGAACCAGAGCCGGUAGACAUUGACACGAUACGUGGCAUUACCAAGCCGAACGCUCUGCGGCCGGACAGCCUGCAAUGGUCGGGCGAAGCGACGCGUAACCAAGGCUUUGCCGUGGAAGAGACGCGCGUAGAUGUGACCAUUGGCGGCGAUGACAGCACCGAGGCGGUCGUUGAGCGCAAGUCGCGACCCAUUUGGAUGACGGAGAGCACUGUGAUAACCGAUACGGAGACUGGCGAUGGCAGCGCCCUCACUGACACCGCCCAGUCGUCAGGCACAUCUGGGCAUCGCAAUAAGAAAGAAAACGAGGAUAUUAUGUCGGUGCUGUUACAGCACGAGAAGCAGCCGGGCCAGCGGGAAGCUCACUUGAAGGGUCUGCGCAAGGGCUCCUCGAAUGCAAACUCUAGUGAUUCCAGCGACGAUGAGAACGACAUUGACAACACAAAGAUACCAAAUGUCAAUUUCGAGAACUACAUCAACUCGGAGUCAGAUGAGGAGGAUGCCGACGUGCCGACUGUGCUGGUGGCAGGGCGUCCACAUCCUUUGGAUCAGCUGGACGACAAGCUGAUUGCACAAAUGACACCCCAGGAGAAGGAGAACUAUAUACACGUCUAUCAGCAGCAUUAUAGCCAUAUAUACGACUGAUUCUCCUCCCAAUUAGGCAUUAAGUUAAUAGUCUCAUUUCUAGCUUAAGAUGCAUAUAUUAAAUUGUCAGCUAUCGUUUGAGCGAUGGCCAGCACAUGACGUUUGGCAACAGCA